AUGGAGGACAGCGUGGUAGCUCAGUUCACCGAGAUUACGGGCUCGACGCCUGAGACGGCAACACAGUACUUGCAACUCACCGAAUUCAACAUUGAGCAAGCGAUGCAACUGUUUUUCGAGAAUGGAGGAGCCCCAUUGACCGAAGCGCCUGCUCAACCAGCAAGCAACCCCGCAUACGAAGAUGAAUCAGGCGUCGUCCAUAUCGAUUCCGACUCCGAUGACGACAGUCGGCCGGCUCAAUCUGCGCAACCAGCGGGCACGACAUUUGAUGACGAUGCUGCAAUGGCCCGUCGCCUACAAGAGGAAAUGUACGGUGCUGGAGGCCCAACCCACAAUGAUGAUUAUGAGGAUGAAGUACGGGCGCCUAUGGCUCGCACCACCGAGACCUUGGUGGGGCCGGACCUUGAUUUCCACGAUGGCAUGCAUUCGAAUAUUUUGGGCCAUUUACGUGCUGGACGAGGUGGACGAGGUGGCCGACCUGGCAUCUUCAACCAACAAGAUUCGGCAUCCAUCUGGAAUGGCAGCUCGUCGACCCACCAAGAACAAUUAUCGCAAGCGACCGGUGGCGCAUCGGAAGCUUCGUCCAAAUCUAACAUGCUCGCUGAAAUGUAUCGACCCCCCUUCGAGAUCAUGUCUCGCUUACCUUGGGAUGUGGCUCGCCAAGAAGGUCGGGACAAUGAGAAGUGGCUGUUGGUUAACAUCCAGGACCAAUCCAUCUUUGACUGUCAGGUAUUAAAUCGUGAUCUUUGGAAAGACAAGGGUAUCCAGGAAACGAUCAAAGAACAUUUCAUCUUCCUACAGUUCUCCAAGGAUGAUCCUCGAGCUGCACCAUACCUCCAAUACUACUUCCAAGCUAGCGACGUUUCCGAUAAUUACCCUCAUAUUGCCAUUGUCGAUCCUCGAACCGGCGAGAAAGUCAAGGCUUGGACGGGACAGCCUGUUGUCAAGGCCCCGGAGUUCCUUAUGCAACUUCAUGAGUUCCUUGAUCGUUACAGCUUGAACCUCAACGUUCGCAAUCCGGUGGCGAAGAGGAAAUCUGAAAAGCCAGAGAAAACAGUGGAUGCCAUGACAGAGGAAGAGAUGUUGGACAUGGCGAUGAGGAACAGUCUUGGUGCAGGAGGAGAGUCCUCGGCCCCGAAGCCAGAUGACCCAGACGACUUGACCCGCAGCACGGGGGACAUCAAAGGCAAGGGCAAGGCUGCAGAGGAUGAUGAGAUGGACGAAGCUGGACCCGUUGAAGAGGCCGAAAGCUCUGUGUUUUCCUCUAUUCCAAGCGACCAGCCACACAUUGAACCAGCUGCCGACCCAGCCACAACCACUCGUAUCCAAUUCCGUCACCCAGCCGGCCGUGUUAUUCGGCGUUUUGCGCUAUCAGACCCUGUCCAGCGGAUCUACGAGUGGCUAAAGGCAGAGCCUCCUGUGGAGGACAAGGCUGGAGUGGAGUUUGAGCUGAACUCCUUGGGAAGCAACUUAAUAGAAUCACUGCAAACAAGCAUUGAAAGUGCGGGGCUAAAGAACGGAACUGUCAACAUUGGGUACCUCGAGGAAUAA